CGACAGAUGCUCUAAAUUUUCUCUAUAGUUUUGUUGUUUAAUUGACAUAUUAUCCACUUUCUGGCUCUCUGCUCAUAAGCAUGUAUUAAGGUAAGAGUAGCCGUAACUUUGUGGUUUGCCGACCCACACCGCCUACCCAACAUAGGCAGAAUUGUCUUUGGGCUUGUCUUUCUUCACCACGGAGCAUAUUUACAUCAAUUUCAUAUGAUAAACAUCAAUUUAUAUGUAAGAGCCCAGUGCGAAGAAGCGAAGAAGCAGCCAAACCUACCAUGGCAGAAAGAGACCAUGAACGGCAUUUAGCCGAUACAGUCCUUGAUAAUCUCAAAUAUCAGCACGACUGGACUGGGCUCCAGAUCUUGACUCAUUCGCCAACCGAUUCGAAAUCUUUCAUUCGACCGAUGGUCUCUGGUCUGCCACCACGUAGGCUCUACGUGCAUCCAGAUGAUCAGAUUGCUAUGUUGAAGUCCAGCGCAAUUCCAGAUGGGAGGAUUCUCGACACUCCUGAAGUAGAAUGGGUUCUGCCAACUCACAUCAGCGAAAAGUGGACGCUCAAGAAGUUUGCGGCUGUCUUUGAUUCACUACCCGCGCAGUUCUCUGCCCACCCCGAUCGCCCAAAGAGAAUCGUCUUAGCUACCAUACACGGCGAUUCUACUAUUGUCUACUAUCUACUACAUGAUGGACUCGUCAAGCCACGUCAAAACUGAGCUCUUGUUGGGAUGCCUUCUUCUCAUGAAUUGUUUCGGAAGCAGAAUGCCACUUUAAGGCUCAAAUAUCACCUUCUGUACCUGCAUCUUAUCAAACAUCUCAUAUCCCAAAACCGCAUC